AAUAAGCAAAUCAUAUAAACAAUGUUUAAUUCAUUGACAAAGCUUCUCUCUGCAAGAAACAUCAAUUUUUGUACAAAAUGUAACUUUGCUCUUGUAAAAACUAAUAUUCCAUCAAGUAAAGACUACAUAAAAGACAUGCCUAUAAAUCAAUAUGUAAUUUCACCACACAAAAGGAACAGAGUUUAUGUUUGGGGUAAUUUACGCACUGGCGCCCUUGGAAUACCACAUUCAAAGAAGAAAGAGAAUAUUCAUCAGGUUAUGGGCUUCAAAAGUCCAAAACGAAUGCAUUUUGCUGAAAAUAAUAAUGUAAUGAGUGUGGCAGCAGGUUUUGGCUUCACUUUAUAUGCAACAGAGAAUGAAGUAUUUGGAACAGGCAUUAAUGCUGAAUCACAAAUUGGUUAUCAUGAAGUGAGACAUGAUAAACCAUUGGGAUUGCUGUUUGCACCCAUGAGUAUUCAUUUGGAUGCAUUUUCAACAGUAAAAAAUGGAAAAAUUAACAAAAUCAGUGCUGGAAGAGCACAUAGUGCUGUAUUAACCAAUACAGGAUUGUAUUUGUUUGGAAGUAAUGCUUAUGGACAAUGUGGGAGGAAAGUUAUUGAAGAUGAAGUUUAUUCAGGCAGCAGAAUAUUAAAUUUUGUUGAAAAUAUUGAUGGGAAGAAGAUUACAGAUGUUGUAUGUGGACAAGAUCACACUUUAGUAAUAUUAGAGGAUGGCAGCGUAUAUAGUUGUGGAUGGGGUGCUGAUGGACAAACUGGUCUAGGACACUACAAUUCCACAGAUAAUUUCGCGCAAAUAAAAGGUGAUGUCGCUGGUGAAAGAAUAACUCACUUGGCGUGUCGAUCUGAUUUUGUUUUAGCUUUAACCGACAAAAACGAAGUUUUUGGUUGGGGUAACACUGAAUACAGCCAAAUGUCGCUUUCUGAUGGCUCUCAACAAGUAUGCAAUCCAACUCAUCUCUCAGCAUUCAAUAAAAUAGGAAAAGUUACUUCAGUUGCAACUGGUGGAUCAUUCUGCCUUGCAUUGACUGAAACUGGUGAUGUAUACGUUUGGGGUUUUGGUUUAUUAGGUCUUGGACCUCUUGUACAAGAAACUAAGAUUCCUACAGUCAUACCAAGAACUUUGUUUGGUCAUAAUGAGUUUAAUAAUGAUUCGAAGGUUGUUUCUGUGCAUGCAGGACUAUCACACAUGGCUGCAAUCACUAAUAAAGGUGAUUUAUAUACUUGGGGUCGUAAUAGGUCCUAUUGUUUGGGUCUAGGCUUUGAUAAAGAUCAAUAUUUUCCAUUGAAAGUGGCGUUAGGAGGAGCUGUUAAGGAUGUAAGUUGUGGUUUGGAUCAUAUGAUAGCUGUUUGUAACAGUUAUAUUAGUGAACAAGUCGAAUAAACAUUUUUACAUUUGAAA